CUACAUUUUGGGCUCACUUUGGGUGGUGCUUGCAUGCGUGUUUGCUUUUAGUCUAUGCGCGCUUCCCACUCAGAGCGCUUACACAACACCACAAAAACUUCCUAUAAUCAUCAUGAGACUACUACUCUUCAUAUAUACGCUUAUUACUUUCUUCAAAUUCUCUUCCUCUACAGUCGUCGUCACAAUCACCGCCGCCCCAGCCAUCCCCUCCGGCGAACCAUCCUACUCCAACUCUGCAUCUUUUACUUCUGCGAUUCUUAAUUCGACUAAUACCUACCGCCGCGAAUACAACGCCACUUCAUUAUACUGGAAUACCACUCUAGAAAAAUUCGCUACUGCAUAUCUCCAAUCGGAUACAACCUGCCGUUUCGCCCACUCAGGCGGCCCAUACGGCGAGAAUAUCGCAAUUGGAUAUGCGAACGCGACAGCGACGGUAGAAGCUUGGGGUAACGAGGAUGAAAAAUACAACUUCAACAAUCCUGGCUUCACGGAAGAGACGGGACACUUUUCGCAGCUGGUCUGGAAAGCGACGAGGGGCGUUGGGUGUGGGAGGAAGUUGUGUGGUACGAGAGGCUGGUUUGUAGUGUGUGAGUAUUGGCCGAGGGGGAAUGUAGGGGGUCAAUAUGGGGAGGAGGUUGACAGAAGAGUUGGAGGUGGAGGUGCAGGCGGAGGAGCGACGAGACUGAGCGGUGGUGUUGUCGCCGCUAUUGCAGUAGUGUACACUACUGCUCUUCUUGCCCUAGCUGCCACUGCCAUCGCCGUGCCCACCACCAGUAGCAACAAAGGUAAUGGCGGUGGUAAAGACAACAACGGUGGAGAAAGUACCUGCAACACCAACCAGGUUGCAGUUUGCUGCAAUGGUCUUCUGGGAGGCAUACUCUGCAAUAUUGGUAUCCUCGGAAACAGCUGCAGCAGCGGCUCAUAUUGCUGUGAUUCGAGCGCAGAACAGGGCGGCCUUAUCAACCUGAACCUUCUCAACUGUGUUGCUCUUUAAUCAGGAAUUGCCCAGAAAGUGGUCUAUUUGGCCCGACUCUUGUGGUCAGCACAACGAGAUUACCCUUAUCGACUUAUACCAGACUCGAUGAGAGUCAGCAUUCAUCCGCAACGACUCGGACAUAUCAACUGGAGAUUUAAGUUCCCUUCGCUACGCUCAUUUAGAUAACUUGGAGAGCCAGUUGUUAGCAAAGUAUUC